AUCCAGGCAAAUCCUAAAUCCUACCCAGGUGAACCACAACUCCUUCCUCAGCGCAACCAGGCCAUGGGAGUGCCCCAUGCCCUGCCUCGCAGUUGCCGAGUCUCCAAACAGGGGCGGCGCUUCCCCGACCCCUCUCCGCGCAGGGCAAUCGCGCGCUCUUUCUUUACCUGCGCUUCACUGGUGGGCAGCCUGUGCUCCCGCGUCGACAGCUCUGUUUCAACGCCUUCCGGUCCCCGUAGCUCUGCAGGGGAACAGGAUCUCUGGCGCCUCGUCGGCCGCUAAACGACCCGGGGCUGCCCGCCCCAGCGAGUCUUUCGCAGGGCCGCCCAGCGAGGGGUAGCCGAGUCGAGGCAGCGCGGUUCCCAAGGCAGCCACGGCUGCGCCCAGCCUCCAGUUCGGCCCUCCGGGCAGCCGCGGUUACUUUCAGUCUCUGCCCAUUGAAACAAAAGAGCGUGAGAGCGUGACGAGCCGGGCGGCGCGGCCAAUCAGUGGGGCGAAGGGAAGGUCUCCUCGCGCAGCCUCCGGCCCGAAGCUACUGCUGGCUAGAGUAGCGAGCUGGGAGCCGGCGGGCGGGGGCUGCUGCAGACAGGCGCGGGAGCCGGCGCAGCGGCAAGUGCAGGUCGGACGCACGGACCGGGCCCAUUUCCCUUUCACCGACAGGUUGCUAGGUUGCCCUUCUGUGAGCUCUUCAGGGGACUUCUCCUUUGCUGGAUUUGGCAUCACUGGCCCCAGAGAAGGAGCAACUCCAUGGAAACGGCAUGCAGGGCUGUCCAAAGUGAAUGACCAUGAAGGCAGUGGCUGGAAAACUGCUCCACUUUUCUCUGGCUUAGAGAGCAGUUUCUUCCAUCUGCUCCCAGUUGUCUUCAGCAUGGGGGAGCAGAACCACUCUCCUGGGAAUGAGCUUCCGCACAGGAGGAGAGCAGAGAUUCCCGGAAAGAAAAGCUGGCACUCCCAGGCCUACGCCCUUGGGGCUGUUUCCAACUUUAUGUCUACUUUUCUGACCUUUCCUAUCUAUAAGGUUGUGUUCCGGCAACAGAUCCAUGCCAUGGCAGUGUCAGAGGCUGUGAGACAGCUUUGGCACGAAGGUCCUCAAUACUUCUACCGGGGAAUCUACCCUCCUCUUCUCUCCAAGACGUUGCAAGGGACUCUUCUGUUUGGGACUUAUGAUAGCUUGCUGUGCUCUCUCUCUCCUGUUGGGCCACAUACUCUGGGACAUCGCUGGGCUGCAGGGCUCAUGUCUGGUGUGGUGGAGGCUGUGGCACUCAGUCCCUUUGAAAGGGUGCAAAAUGUGCUCCAGGAUGGUCGCAAGCGAGCUCGCUUCCCCAGCACCUUCAGCAUUCUCAAGGAAUUCAACUCUUACGGUCUUUGGGGGCGCCUGUCACUGGGCUACUAUCGUGGUUUCUGGCCUGUCCUGGCCAGGAACAGCCUGGGGAGUGCUCUAUAUUUUUCUUUCAAGGACCCAAUCCAGGAUGGCCUGGCAGAACAAGGCCUUCCCUAUUGGGUUCCUGCCCUGGUGUCUGGUAGUGUCAAUGGAACAAUCACCUGCCUAGUUUUGUAUCCUCUGAUUGUGCUGGUUGCUAAUAUGCAGUCCCAUAUUGGAUGGCAGAACAUGCCAAGCCUGUGGGCCUCUGCCCAGGAUGUGUGGAACACUCGGGGCCGAAAGUUGCUCCUGAUCUACCGUGGAGGCUCCCUGGUCAUCAUAAGGUCAAGUGUGACAUGGGGCCUCACUACAGCAAUCCAUGACUUCCUGCAGAGGAAGUCUCGCUCCAGGAAAGAGCUGAAGACUGACUAGCUGCAGAAAGUGUGGCCAUGGAAGCUUUGGUAUUCUAAAUCUUCCCUGGUGGGUUCUUUACUGCUUACUUCUUUGGCUCAGUUGCCUAAUACAGCCAUUCUUUAGCAUCUGUAAACUCAAUGCAUGGGAGAAGUUCCCGACUACCAACCUGUUGAGCACAGACAAAGCCCAACAGGGUUCCUUAGUCAAAAAGAAACGUUCACCCCAGUCUCUCCACAGCUUCAGUAGCCUCAGAGCCAGGAGGCCUUUAAAUAACCAUGUAACUCAGAUUAAGCGUCAUUCCUUUAAGGAAUUCCUUGACAAUAAGAGGAAACUUAAAAAGAUGAGCUUACUUAGCACUGUGAGCUCUGCAACCCCUCUAGGUGUCCUCCAGACCAAAAUGAGUGGAACUCCAACUUCAAAGAACUAUGCUUGACUCUUAGGAUGGGAAUUUCAUAAAACUUCUCAGAUGGCUACAUUUUUAUGAUAUUGUUCACUUCCUCUAUCACCACCCCUCACUUCUCAAGGCUGUGGAUCCUACUUUCAGGGUAGUAGCUGUGGCUGGAAAUCCUAAAUUAGACUUGCUUAAACUCAUCAUGUCCCACAAGAACUAGUGGGGCUGGAGACGGGAGUGAGAAGAGGUGUGGCCCAUGCAUGGAAAGAAUAAAAACUUUGAAAGAAGAGAUUUAAUUACAUGCAAAAUAGAAACAUUUAUUAUUGUCUGGUUGGUGUUACCUGCCAGGAUAUUUCUGAGAGCAAGGGGAUAACGUUGCCUAGAAACUAUUUGAAUUUCUCUAAGAAACCUGGAAGUGAAGUGACCAUAUCUCUUCACAAAUAAUUCCAUAUUUUGUUGAUGUGGUAAAUGUAGUUGCUAUGACAUAAAGAUCAGAAAUCUUAGCCUGUCAUUCAGAGCCAUUCAAUAUAUGGUCCUCAUAUAACUUUCAACAUAUUGUCACUCCACUUACAUAAACCCCAAACACUAGCCAAGGUGAACUAUUCUUCUCCUCCCAAACAUUCCAUGAACUUUCCUAUGGCCAUACUUUGGCCCACACUAUUCUUUCCACCUGCAGUGCUCCUUCUUCACAUGCCAGUCUACCAAAAUCCUUCCAGUUCCUCAAAGCUCAGCUCAGAGGUCACCUUCUCUAUGGAGCCUCUUGAUUUCCCCCAAAUGAAUGUGACAUUAGUCUCUGUGAUGCCCCUUUCUAACAGCACUUCAUACAUGGUACUGAUUCCAUUAUGUCACUAAUCUCAUGUGACCCUGUGUUCUUGUAUUCUUCAAUACCUCCUUCUAGACUGCAAAACUUGUUGAAAGCAGGGAUUCUUGUAAGCAUUUUUAAAUCUUCCAUUGUGCCUGGGUGCUCAAUAAUGUUGGUUGAAUUAUUGAAUUGAUUAUCAAGCUGUGAUAUGGUAUAUCCUCAGGGUGCUGUCCCUUGUACAUGAAGAUAAUGUUAUUGACUCACUGUCAGCAAGACACGUGCCUUUGGGCUGUGUUUUUGUUUUCUUUUAAUAGUGGAUUUAGUUUUGUGCUAAUGAGAAUGAUGCUGCUGCUGCUGAUAAUAAUAACAAUAAAAAAUUACUUUCAACUGGAA